CCUGGAAAAAGUAUAAUUACAAACAUGACUACAGAUGAACCUUCAGGGAAGAAAGAAUACAGCGCUGAUAUCAAGAAAGAAGAGACUCUGGACAAUGGUGGAAAGCAUUUUUUGUGUUCCUGCCGCUUUGCCCUCAUUGUUAUCUCAUUCUUUGGCACUGUGAAUACAUACGCACAGCGUGUAAACAUGAGUGUAGCUAUCGUAUGCAUGACAGACACUUCAAACGUUACAAGUAACGAGAAUUGCAUUCAGUCAAUAUCAGGAACAGAAAAUAACAGCUAUACUUGUGAAAAUGAAACGAUGUCAAAACAGGAUGAUAGGUUUGACUGGGACAAAAAGACUCAAGGAAUAAUACUAGGUUCCUUUUUCCUUGGGUAUGUCCUGUCACAAAUACCUGGUGGUUGGUUUGCUGCAAAAUACGGCGGGAAAUUAUUGUACGGAUGGAGCAUGUUUGUAUGUGCUAUUGCAACCCUGCUCACGCCCUUGGCAGCACGGACAAGUGUUGGUCUGCUUAUAGUUGUGCGAGCUAUUGCUGGAAUAUGUCAGGGUGUAAUGAAUCCUUGUCUACACACAUUGCUGUCUUUCUGGAUACCGCCGUUACAACGAAGUACAUCCGUUGCUUUUGUCUACUCCGGCACCCAGUUUGGUUUAAUGGCAGCACUUCCCCUCUGUGGUUUCCUGUGUGUUGACGGUUUUGAUGGCGGAUGGCCUAGUAUAUUCUAUGUUUUAGGUUGCGUUGGUGUAGUGUGGUUUUGUAUUUGGAUGUUUGUUGUGUCAGACACUCCAGUGUCACAUCCCAGGAUCUCUGAGAGUGAGAAAGAAUACAUAAUAGACACUCUGAAAUCAGAGUUAGAUAUAAAUAAAAAGUCUUCCAGUACGCCUUGGUCAAAGAUAUUCACAUCAUUACCUGUGUGGGCAAUUAUUAUAACACAGACAUGUGCUGAGUGGGGAGCAUACAGCUUCUUGACAAACAUUCCGAGUUAUAUGAACGAAGUUUUAAAGUUUGAUAUCCAAAAGGCCGGAUUUCUAGGUUCACUGCCGUACCUAGGAUUCUGUGUCGUUGCCAACAUUUCUGCCGGUCUUGCUGACAAUCUUAGGAAACGAGGCUACGUUUCAACUACAAUAGCAAGGAAAAUCUUUAAUAGUCUAGGCAAUAUCCUACCGGCAAUAUUUAUAGUACUGAUGGGAACUGUGACUGACGACUCGGUUAUUGCCGUCACAAUGCUGACACUCGGACUGGCUAUGUCUGGAUUCCAAUAUGGGAGUGGUUUUAUGGUUAAUCCUGUUGACAUUGCACCAAGAUAUGCUGGUAUUAUUCUAGCAAUUUCAAACACAGCCGGUUCACUUUGCGGAUUCUUCGCACCAUUUGCAAUUGGAUUUAUAACAGUAGAUAAAACACGAGAACAGUGGAAGACAGUCUUCUAUAUUACAGCCGCAGUCUACACAUUUGGAGCAAUAAUUUUCAUCAUGUUUGGGUCGGGUGAAUUACAGCCUUGGGCACGAGAUGAGAAAGAAGACCGUGAAAUUGUUGUAAAGGAUGAAAAGGCAAAGGUUGAAGUAAAAAAUGUUGUUGGUUUAUAGAUUGUGCUGCUAAUAAACAAGCAGUAUGAUAUGUCAUUUAAGACGAAAGACAUAUAAAACAGAAUAAAGUAAUCGCUCUCAUUGAACAGAUAUACUGGGUGACGACCAGUCACCGGACAGAAAUCGGGGUUUUUCCUUAACCAUUUUAUGAAAAAUGAACACAAAAACAUGAAACUCGAUAAAACUUCAGCUCAUUUGUCACCAGAAAAUGUAAAAAUCUCAUACAAUCGGACGUAAAACAUUGGAUAUUUUGAGACUCAAAAGGGGUCAUAAAAUCUGGAAAGUAACCCCUCGGAAUCACCGAAAACAAGGCUACAGUGAAAAUUGCAGACACGGUUUGAUCGAGUCUGUUCAUGAGCAGUAAUGGAAAAUGCAACACUGCGCACGCCCCCUAGCACCGGCUUAAGCAAUAUUCAAUUUUCAAAUCUAAAUGAGUUGAAAUCAAUGAUCCCGAAGGACCAGAAAAUAUAACAACACUGAGACGAAGUCGUUGCGACUUUUUAGAAGACCUAAGUUUCUUUUUCUUUUUUUUUGCUAACCAGUGCUAACAUAACAGACGGAUCACAAACCAAAUCUGUGGGUAUAUAUGUCAUCGUUUUUUUUUACAUAUGAACUGGGAAUAAGAUUCCAAAGGUUUCUAUAGCAUUUUUUCUUACACAUCGGACAGGAGUUUCCGUGGCGUGGGUAACUAUAUCAUCAUUACUUACAGGUAGGAGUUGCUGAGGCUAUCUGUUUCAUCGUUUCUUAUUCACUUUGUAGGAGUUUCCGUGGGUAUCCACCGUUAACAUAUACUGGAAAUAAGUUUCCCUAGGUGUCUGUACUAUUUUUUUCUUUCAUAUCGGACACGAGUUUCCAUGGGUAUCUAUAUCACAGUUUGUUACAUAUCGGACAGGAGUUUCGAGUUCCUGUAGGAGUCUAUCAGCGUUUCUUAAAUACCGAGUAGGUGUUAUAUCAUAUCUAAACAUAACAUAUAAUAUAUACUGAAAAAGAGUCUCCGUGGGUAUAUAUUUCAUUGUUUUGUUUCUUAGAUACUGCACAGGGCAGGGGGGCCUCCGUGGCCGAGUGGUUAAGGUCGCUGACUUCAAAUCACUUGCCCCUUAUUGAUGUGGGUUCGAGCCUCACUCGGGGGGUUGAAUUCUUCAUGUGAGGAAGCCAUCCAGCUGGCUUACGGAAGGUCGGUGGUUCUACCCAGGUGCCCGCUCGUGAUGAAAUAAUGCACGGAGGGGCACCUGGGGUCUUCCUCCACCGUCAAAGCUGGAAAGUUGCCAUAUGACCUAAAUUGUGUCGGUGCGACGAUAAACCCAACAAAAUGAAUAAAUAAAUAAACUGAGCAGGGCAUUCCGUGGGUAUCUUUAUUCAUUGUUUUGUUUCUAACAUAAUAGACAGAGGUUUCUGUUGUUUUUAGUGGUUCUGGUCAUUAUCCAUUAUAUUUUAAGAAAGACGUCUUUCACCAUUUUCUUUAUUUUUUAUCGAAUACGGCGUUCAAGGAAAGGAAUCUGUCGCUAGCUGCAGGUGCGGAUUGAGAAAUCAUGCUCUCCGUUAUCAGUUUCGGUAGUAACUCACCUCCGCCAAAACAAUUACAAUACAAUACCUAUUUUUUCUCGAAAACACCUUUUUAUCAACACAAAACUUCAUUACCCCACCUACCAACCAAACUUGACCUAACUUUGGUUAUCUCGAUAUUCCGAUAUGUCGACUUUUUCCUCUUGGUCCCGACGAAGUCGAGAUAUCGAGAUUUAACUGUACACUCUAGUAGGAUAAUCAGGUCUUCACAUAGAACAAGUGAAAUGUUUUCUUUUUAUAUAUCAACUGCUUCUGAUAACAUAACACUCGUUCGAGCCUAAACGUAAUCCUCUUUUACAAAUAUGGAAGGGAGGAACAUAAGUUUCCAUUGGAAAACGCAUUUGUGAUGAACCUUUAAUUGUUCUUUGUGAUAAUUAGAUAGCAUUAAAAAGAAGUAGUUCUCUAUGUUGUCUUGUACAUUAAAUAUUUGCAUUCUGCACCUAAAGGUUGGCAUAUCAAUGACUUCUAUACAUGUAGAUAUUCAACAAUAUAACACAAGAAGACAGUUGUAUGCUUUACAAUCAUUUAUUCCAAUUUGUGAUCAUAGCUAUGAACUAGCUGAUAUAUUAUCGAGAAAUAUGUGCGCGUUCUGCAGCGGAAAUAUUUGGCAACUUUAGGAGCGCAAUAUUAUUCCGCUACAGAACGAGUGCAUAUUUCUCGAUGCAAAGGCUAAUAAUAUUUUUAUUACAUACGUAUAUACACAUAUUAAUAUUGUAUAAAUGUGAUGAAUUUGUUCAACAGACUGAAUAAACAAUGACAAUAUUGACGUAAAUA